AUGUGUUUGUUUGGCAUUGUUGAUGCGGUUGCAGACUUUUUUAAGAGUGUUGUGGCGUGUGCCUGCUGCCUCAUCAUCGGUGGCCCUGCGCUCAUCAUCGCGGGCAGCAUGCUUCUCAAUCAACAAGAUCUUCGAAAAGCUUUCAGAGAUGCCGUGAAUGAAUUUGACCCCACACCCAUGAACGAUUGGACUGGGACCAUCAACAAUGUGCCGAUUACUGUGAGACGCGAGUCGCUAAACGUCCAGGGUGUGGACGGGGCCACUUCUGUCUUUGCGGAGGCUGUUGUUUCCGUUUCUCAGAGGUCUUCAUCAAGGUUACAAGUUUCCGUGAAUGUUAGAACCGUGACCCCUUUUAUUCGCAUGGCCCCCUUCCGCAGCAUAGAAAAAACGUCAUACACCUGUUCUUCACGUGACUGUAAAAGCAGAUUGAAUUGCCAGUGUAACGAAUUGCUGAAUUCUUUUAUGAACCAGUGCGUCGCAUCUGGUGGAAAAUUUGUUCGC